AUGUUAAGAGAAAUUAUCAAUAAAUUAGUAAAUAAAUAUGGAAUAACAAAUUGGAAUAAAAUAUCUAUUAUAUUAAAUAGAAAAUAUAAUAUAAACAUAACUAGUAAAGAAUGUAAAGAAGUGUAUGAUAAUAAAGAAUAUAUUUCUAUAGAUGUAAAUUUACUCUUAAAUAUUUAUGAAGAAUACCCAAAUCAAUGGAAUACAAUUAGUGAUGUUAUAAGUAAAUUUUAUAAUAAAAAAGUGACUAAUAAAAACUGUUAUAAAGAAUAUUUAAAAAUAAUAAGAGAUUUAUCAAAAGUAAAAUAA